AUAUAAAAAAAAAGAAAAAGAAAUCCUCCUGCUAGGGUUUUCAUUUUCGUUCUUGGCAUCAAACAAUUUGCCUGCCGCUCCAACUCUGUGUUCUUUCGUUUCAGAAUGGAGUCGCAAAUUAAGCAUGCUGUAGUUGUGAAGGUGAUUGGCAGGACAGGUUCACGUGGGCAAGUUACUCAGGUGAGGGUGAAAUUUAUCGAUGAUCAGAACCGUUUCAUAAUGAGGAAUGUCAAAGGCCCUGUUAGGGAAGGAGAUAUCCUCACCUUGCUAGAGUCUGAACGAGAGGCUAGGAGGCUCAGAUAGAUGAUUAAUAAUUGCUCUCGUAUCAUCAUUAUGUUUUGCUUGCUGAUGCAUUUCUUUUUGAGAUAUUAAUUUCAAUACCAAGUAUUUUGAUGUAAGCUUGAUUUGGAUUUGCGGGGAUGUAUCACAAGACUUGACUUUUGUUUCUGAAUUGAGACUCUCUCAUGUUUACUUGUUUGUUUUGUUUAAAAUGGUUGUC